AUGGAGGAAGACAGGAAACAGGCAGAGCAGUACAAGGUGGCGGAGAAGGCUAACGUGCGUGUGAAGCAGUUGAAGCGUCAGCUGGAGGAGGCGGAGGAGGAGUCUCAACGGGUUGCCGCGGGACGCAGGAAGUUACAGAGAGAACUGGACGAGGCCUCCGAGGCCAACGACGCCCUCGGUAGGGAGGUGUCGGCCCUGAAGAGCAAACUCAGGCGAGGAGGAGGGGAGUCAUCUUUCAGCAGCAGUCCUCGUCGCGUGGGGAGCAUUGGGAAUGUCAGCCUCAGUAGGACCGGGAGCCGGAGGAGCAGAGCUGGGGAUAACGAAGGGAAUGGUGGGAAUUCUGAGAACACAGACAACGUUCCAGAAGAGGAGGAGCCUCUGUUCUCGUCCACCCCGCCUCCAGAGGACAUCAGCGGAACCCUGCCGGAAGAGUAGAGGGACAAAGUCUCACCCCUCCUUUUAAACACUGUCCAUCCUUCUUCCUGUCCUUCCCUGACUUCCCUCAAUGCAUCUUUCCAUUUCUGUCUUUUAUCCCUCCCUCGUUUCCUCUCCUUCCAUUCCUCCUUUUAUCUUUCUCUCCUUCCAUUUCUCCUCCCUUCUUCCCUUCUUCCUUUUCUCCUCCCUUCUUCCCUUCUUCCUUUUCUCCUCCCUUCUUCCCUCCUUCCUUUUCUCAUCCCUUCUUCCCUACCCUUCUUCCUUUUCUCCUCCCUUCUUCCCUUCUUCCUUUUCUCCUCC